UCUCUCUCUCCCUUUUUAGGCUAGGUUCUAGGACCCUAACAGUCUAACGCAUUUCACUUCGGCGUGCAAGGGAUACCAGAGCCAUUGAAUCUCGAAGCCAAACGGGAAAUCAGGAGCAUAAAAAAACACAGUAGUGGGAUAUCGAUAUAUAUAUAAGAUGGGUCUGACCGCAGCAUUUCUUUGGAUGGUGGUUGGGACGGUGUGGGCACAACACAACAUCUACGACGAGCAUUUUCCUCCUAUCCACCCUAACUGCACACAGAGCCUCACAGACCUCCUUCUGCUGCGCCAAGAAAACCGGCUAACGGAGCUCACGCUGGCAGAGCAGACGUCAACGGUUGUCCUGAAGGAGGCGGUACAGCUUUUGACUGACAUCAGGAAUUCCUUGACCGGAAAUCCAUUUGCAGGAAGCGCCGUUCCGAAUAUCGGAAGUCCAACUCCAAGUCCAAGUCGGUCCGCCAACGUAUGGAUUGGUGGUUAUGACCAGAUUGCUGAGGGAAAUUGGAUAUGGAUUUCAAUGGAAGCGAUGCCAAGGGGAACGCCUUUUUGGGGCGCGAUUGGUUNCGGCCGAGAGCCCCGGGGCGGAGUAGGGGAGAACUGCGCCCUCUUAUAUGGAGUGGACGAGUUCAUGAUCCAUGACGCGCCUUGUACAUGGAAGUGCAAACCACUCUGUCAGAUCCUGCACUCUUAGACCUGGUUUCAUUGCCAACGCCGUUCCGAUUCUGCUCUUAACCUUGUUUGUGAGUUAACAUAUUUUUAGCAACACUAUGUCAUAUGACCUGUAUUUUACUUGAGUAUUUUGAUACAAGUCUGGUAGCAUCGUACUACUGUGACAAUCUAUUUUACUGUUAUAUGUGUCAAACAUUCUCUUCUUAUACAUCCCCGUGAUGUUUGUGAAUUUCUAUUAAAAAGUCACCAACAGCUUGAUAUAUAAUAUAAACAAACUAAUGUAAUGUUUUGGAAACAAAUCAUAAAUGUGAACUA